CGGGAGCGGGAGUGCGCGGCGGGUCCUGGUCCGGGUCCGAGCCACACGCCCCAGCGCCGCCCCUGCCUGCGCGGCCUCCGCCUCCGCCCGCGCGCGUUCGGGGCCCGGCCCGGCCCGGCCCGGCAUGGUGCGGCGUCGCGGCCGAUGGCGCUGAGGCGGAGCAUGGGGCGGCCCGGGCUGCUGCUCGGAAUCGGGCUCGGGCUGGCCGCCCUGCUGCUGCGGGAGCCCGGGGCCGCAGGCCUGAAGCUUGUGGGAGCCCCAGCCAAGCUGACUGUGUCCCAGGGGCAACCAGUGAGCCUCAACUGCAGCGUGGAGGGGAUGAAGGAGCCUGAGAUCCAGUGGAUGAAGGAUGGGGCCGCGGUGCAGAACAUGGACCAGAUGUUCAUCUCUAUCAGCGAGAAGCACUGGGUGGCCUUCCUCAGCCUGAAGUCAGUGGAGCGCACAGACGCUGGCCGCUACUGGUGCCAGGUGGAGGAUGAGGAGGAAACCAAGACUUCCCAGCCCGUGUGGCUCACUGUGGAAGGUGUGCCAUUUUUUACUGUGGAGCCCAAAGAUCUGGCAGUGCCUCCCAAUGCCCCUUUCCAGCUAUCUUGUGCGGCCGUGGGUCCCCCUGAGCCUGUCACCAUUAUCUGGUGGAGAGGAAACAUGAGAGUUGGGAAGCCUGUCCCAUCUCCUUCAGUUUUAAAUGUAACAGGUGUGACCCAGAGCACAGUGUUCUCCUGUGAGGCUCACAACGGGAAGGGUCUGGCCUCCUCCCGACCUGCGACUGUUCGCCUUCAAGCGCUGCCCGCAGCCCCUUUCAAUGUUACGGUGACCAAGCUCUCCAGCAACAAUGCUAGCGUGGCCUGGGUACCUGGUGCUGAUGGCCUGUCCCUGCUCCAGUCCUGCACAGUCCAGGUGACACAGGCCCCAGGAGACUGGGAGGUCCUGGCUGUGGUGGUUCCUGUGCCACCCUAUACCUGCUUGCUCCGGGACCUGGCACCUGCCACUAACUACAGCCUCAGGGUGCGCUGUGCCAAUGCCUUGGGGCCUUCUCCAUAUGCUGACUGGGUACCCUUUCGGACCAAGGGUCUGGCCCCAGCCAGCGCUCCCCAGAACCUCCAUGCCAUCCAUACUGACUCUGGCCUCAUCUUGGAGUGGGAAGAAGUGAUCCCCGAAGGCUCUUUGGAUGUCCCCCUGGGGCCCUAUAAGUUGCUCUGGAUUCAAGAUAACGGAACCCAGGGAGAACUCACAGUGGAGGGGACUGUGGCUAACCUGACGGGCUGGGAUCCUCAGAAAGACCUGACUGUUCGUGUGUGCGUGGCCAAUGCUGUGGGCUGUGGGCCCUGGAGUCAGCCCCUGGUGGUCUCUUCCCAUGAGCAUGCGGGCCAGCAGGGCCCUCCUCAUAGCCGUACAUCCUGGGUGCCGGUGGUCCUGGGCGUGCUGACAGCCUUGGUGACAGCUGCUGCCCUGGCCCUCAUCCUACUGCGCAAGAGGCGGAAAGAGACUCGGUUUGGACAAGCCUUUGACAGUGUCAUGGCCCGGGGAGAGCCCGCCGUCCACUUCCGGGCAGCGCGUUCCUUCAAUCGGGAUCGGCCCGAGCGCAUUGAGGCCACCUUGGACAGCCUGGGCAUCAGUGAUGAACUCAAGGAGAAGCUAGAAGAUGUGCUCAUUCCUGAGCAGCAGUUCACCCUGGGCCGGAUGCUGGGCAAAGGAGAGUUUGGUUCUGUGCGGGAGGCCCAGCUGAAGCAGGAAGAUGGCUCCUUCGUGAAAGUGGCUGUAAAGAUGCUGAAAGCUGAUAUCAUUGCCUCGAGUGACAUUGAAGAGUUCCUGCGGGAGGCGGCAUGCAUGAAGGAGUUUGAUCACCCACACGUGGCCAAGCUCGUGGGGGUGAGCCUCCGGAGCAGGGCCAAAGGCCGUCUCCCCAUCCCAAUGGUCAUCCUGCCCUUCAUGAAGCAUGGGGAUCUGCACGCCUUUCUGCUGGCCUCCCGCAUUGGGGAGAACCCUUUUAACCUGCCUCAACAGACACUGGUGCGGUUCAUGGUGGACAUUGCCUGCGGCAUGGAAUAUUUGAGCUCCCGGAACUUCAUCCACAGGGAUCUGGCUGCUCGAAACUGCAUGCUGGCGGAAGACAUGACAGUGUGUGUGGCUGACUUCGGGCUUUCCCGGAAGAUCUACAGUGGAGAUUACUACAGGCAGGGUUGUGCCUCCAAGCUGCCUGUCAAGUGGCUUGCCCUAGAGAGCCUGGCCGACAACAUGUACACAGUACAAAGUGAUGUGUGGGCUUUUGGAGUGACCAUGUGGGAGAUCAUGACUCGUGGGCAGACGCCAUACGCUGGCAUCGAGAAUGCUGAGAUUUACAACUACCUCAUUGGCGGGAACCGCCUCAAACAGCCUCCUGAGUGUAUGGAGGAUGUCUAUGAGCUCAUGUACCAGUGCUGGCAUGCAGACCCUAAGCAGCGCCCGAGUUUCACCUGCCUGCGCAUGGAGUUGGAGAGCAUCCUGGGCCAUUUGUCUGUACUCUCCACCAGCCGGGACCCCUUGUACAUGAAUCUGAAGGGAGCUGACGAGCCUGCUGAGGGAAGCAGUUUGGAGCUGCCCAGUGGAGACCAGGCCAGCGGCGGGGCUGGGGAUGGCAGUGGCCUGGGAGCAGUGGGGGGAACCUCCAAUGACUAUCGCUACAUUCUCAGCCCUGGGGUGCUUGCUGAGCAGCCUGGUCAGGAAGAGCCACCACAGCCCCAAAGUCCCCUCAACGAGGCCCAAAGGCUGCUAAUGUUGCAGCAAGGGCUUCUGCCCCAUAGCAGCUGUUAGCCCACAGUUGGUCUGAAAGCUUCUGGGCCAUGUGGCUGGCUCUGCUAGCCACUGAGCUGGCUAAUGAAGCCCCAUGUGUCCCCAGUCCAGGCAGCAGGUGUGGAGGCUCCUGUGGUAGUCUCCCCAAGCUGUACUGGAUGCCUGGACUGACCAAAUCGUCCAAUCCCAGUUCUUCCUGCAGCCACGCCAGGGCCAGCCUGGCACAGAUUCAGGCCUUGUUUCGGAGAUGGGCCAGGCCUAUUCUCUAAGGCUUGGUUGUGUUUCCAUGGUUCCCAUGGGUUUGAGGAGUUGGGGGAGUGUAGCUACGGCCCCGUGGGGGCCCCUGACUCUCCCAGCUGAGCUGUCCCUACUGCUUCUGUGCAUGCAUAGAGGUGGCAUGUCUCCAGCUUGAUGGUCCAGCUGGGCCCACAGUGAGGGUUGAAAUGGUCAGGUUUGCCCAUCUGCACACUCGAGUUGCCCUUUAUUUCCCCCUUCAGGUGGGAAUGAGUGAAGAUUUGGUAACAGGUCCCAGAUCUGGAGUCAGCAGUUACGCUCAGGUCCAAACCCCUUUCCCAAUGGCCCCAGGCCCUGGUGAGGCACACAGCACAGCUGGCCAGGGACUGCAGGGCAUACCAGGUUGCUGUGACCACCACUUAACAUCUCCUGAUGCCAUGCACUAGGCCUGGCAAGAGGAAGGUGGCUACAGGGCUCACCGAGGAAGGAGCGUGCAGAGGCGUCUCUCCAAGCCCUCCCACAGUCUGUCUCAGCAUGCUACCAACUCCCAAAAUAUCCUCCACUAACAAAGGCAGCUGUGUCUGAGUUCAUCUUCCACGCAGCACCCUCAGCCCAUUUCCCUCUCAUUGCAGACCUUCUUCUGUGCCAGGAAAGAUGGAGCUGGAGUGGGGGGAAGUUACUGGAGCCUGGACCCCAGGCCUGGCUGAGGCACCUUGAAAGUAUGUGGGGCCAGGCUCUUGCUGUUAGGGACAAUUCUGAGUUGUUAGAUACUGUUUAAAAACAGAAAUAAAAUUGAUGACUAAAGACCCAA